UUAUUUAGCCCCCCUUUUCUUGAAAGGUAUAAUAAGUAUAGGUGUAUUAACUGACAACUGUACCAACCUUAAUUUUGAAAAGAAAACUUACUUUGACUAAAUGAUGUCCCUUCGGAUUAUACUUCUAAGAACACCACUGCAAACAUGUAGACCCAGCGGUCAUACACAAUUAAUAAGUUGUUUUCAAAGCAAAGUACUAUGUGCCAGCUCCAAUGCUGUGUUCAUACACACUUUACCUCACAGAACAUUUCUUCUGAGGCGAAUCUUUCAACAGCCGAGCAUUGGACUUAAUAUGCCGGGACAAGGACUUCAAAAGCUGGAUGAAAAAGCUGAAAAAGAGCUUGAAAACAAAAGUCUUGUUCUACGUUUAAUAAACCGUAGAAUUGAAGAGCAAAAUCGGGGAAGGAAAUCAUUUUCAAUUUUACCAGAUUAUAAGUUCAUCCUUCUGUCUUCAAUUGCAAUUGCCGCAUUUGUGUUAACUGUUUGGAUAUUUUACCCCGACCUUGAAGAAUCUAUCGUACCAGUCUUUGAAAAGCCAACCAAGGAUUUGCUCCUGUGCCCUGAUAAAACUAAAACCCCUCUUGUUGUUCUGUACAAGUUACUACCAUUAAGAGUAUUUUCUCGUGCAUUUGGUAGAUUCAACCAGAUUGAGAUCCCUUCAAUGUUACGACCUCCAGUGUAUGGAUUGUACUGCAAGUUGUUUCACGUAAAUAUGGAUGAAGCGCUCGUGAAAAAUUUAAAAAGUUACAAAACUAUGAACCAGUUUUUCACCAGACCUGUAGAUCCUGCAGCUCGACCGAUUCACGAAAACGCAAAAAUUGUUUUUCCAUCGGAUGGUAAAAUAUUAACACAAGGUACAGCAGAGACUGGCAUGGUGGAGCAGGUGAAAGACAUGACUUAUUCUCUCAUGAAGUUCCUUGGUCCUCUAACUGAAGACCCAACACAUGACAAAUGGGGUGCUUUACCAAACUUCACUUACAAUUUCCAAGCGACGUCUUUUCCACUAAAAAACUACCAACGCGCUCUAAUGAAAGAUCCAGAGAAAAAUCAACUUUACCAAUGUGUGAUCUACCUCGCACCAGGCAACCUACAUGGCUUCAGUUCUCCAGUGGAUUGGACGAUAAAACACCGCAGACAUUUUCCUGGUGACCUUUUAAGCGUCAACCCGAAAAUCGCUUCGUUUGUCAAAGAACUUUUUAUCGCUAACGAACGAGUUGUGUUAUCAGGCACAUGGGAACACGGAUAUUUCUCCAUGACUGCUGUUGGUGCCACAGAUGUUGGCAAUAUUAAAAUAUAUGACGAUAUAAUACUCAAAACAAACCGCGCAUACUGGAAAGCUGGCACUUAUUACGACAUGAAGUAUGGAGAAAAUGGCUUGCCUUAUUACAAGGGUGACCGCGUGGGGGAAUUCAACAUGGGUUCCACUAUAGUUUUGGUGUUUGAAGCGCCAAAGGGAAUGAAAUUUAAAUUAAAUCCUGGAGAUAAAGUAAUGUUGGGUCAGCAGUUCUUUGCAAAAGAUUAAAAAUACAGUAAAAAUAUAUUACCCCAAGAUUCCCAACUUUUCUGUAUCAUCUUUUUAUAUAAUUUUUUUCAUCUCAUUUUGAUUGCAUGCUUUUUAUUUC